GCGCAAUUGAGCGUUGCCAGCCACUCGUCCGCACCGCUUCAGUUCGGCCCCCAAUCUGGCAUGGCAUUCUCUUCUUCUUCUCUCCUCGAAUCGCGGAUACCGGCUGUCUGUGCUCUUCGAUCCAUCGAUUGAUUGCUUGCUUGCUUGUACACGGGAAAACAACGGCACCCUUUUUGAUAUCAUUCCCCUCCUCCCGCUGCUCUGCUAUCCCGCCGCUCCCAUACACGCACAACAAAGACAAUUGGUCUUGUUUAUGCUUGAUCAAGUGUAAACAGCAACCAACUCUUUCAUUGCAACAUGUUUCUGCAGCCCGACAGCAGGAAAUCUCGCGGGCGGUCCAAAUCCCCGGCCGGUCGACGACACCGAUCACGCAGUCGGAGCGAUGCGAGCGCGCGCCCCCCCUCGCCCCAACGCGAGGACGAUUACGGCGUCAGCUCAAGAGAGCACCACCAGCAAGGGCCGGGGUAUGGUUUCGGAUACGAGAGUCCUGAUCUCCAUGGCCAUGAGGGGGCUGGAGCUGGUCCUGUAAAUGCCCAUGGUGCCCCGCAGCUGCAGCAGCUGGGUGCUAGGCAGCCAGACCAUCAUCACCAAUAUCACCACCAACAAUCCCAACCGCCAUUCUACGACGCACCACCCCAAGAUCCCGUAACCAUGGGAGGCUAUACCGACCUGCCUCCGGAUCAGCGUCCCGGAUACGCCCAGCAGACCCCUCUAUCUCCCACGCAAUACCCAGGCGUCGCCUAUGCGCAGCAGGGCAACGUGCAGUACUCCAACGCUCAGUACUCGUAUCAGACCGCAACUCCCUCACAACCAGGCGCCUUCACCCGCAACCCUUCCAACGCGACAAACUUCCAGUAUGCUGCCACCCCCGAGAACAUCCGCUUCACCGCGAAGCCCGUCGUGCCCGUCAACCCGCCGCCCCCCAUACGACACACGGCGCAACCCAGCAGCCCGCCAUACCAGAAUGCCCAGCCGCAAUACGCUAUGCAUCCACCUCCUCAGCCAGCUCCCGCUGCCUCUUCUGCCCCCGAGCAGUCGCGGGGUUACCCUCCACCGCCCAUGGGCCGUCAUUCACCGCAGACGAGCAGUCAUCGACCCAGUCAUCACCGCGCCGCAUCGCAUAACGGCCCGCCGACUCAAUAUGGAGAGCACAAAGUGGUGGAGAUAGUUCCAGGUGGUUCAAUGGGCAAGCCUCCGCCAUCGCCUGGUAUGCGCCCGCACAGCUUGUCGGUGGGUGGAGGAGGUCGCGACGGGCUGUCGCAGCGUAUGGAUCGGCUUUCUGUCAGCGGCAAUAGGCCCGACAUCCACACCAUUGUGCCUGGCGGCAUGCCUGGCGGGUUCCCCAGCGGCGGCGCAAUCCCUCCCAGUCCCAUGCUCGAAGCAUACCACGGGACGUAUCAGUCCAUUUCGCCGAUGCCCCAGGCCAAGAUGUUCGACGAUGACUUGGACCAUCUUCAGCCUCUCGACAGUUACUCGCCGCGCGCAUCGAGCACGUCACUCAAGGGCAGCCGUCGCCGUACAAAGUCCACCUCGAAACGGUCCCCGAGUCCCUCCCGCAAAAAGCUCUCGCGCCUCGAAGAAGAUCGAAUGGCCCUGCAAACCUACGGCAGCAUCCGCGACGUCCGCGGCCACGAAAAAGACAAAGGCCGCGACCGAGACCGCGAGCGCGAAAAGGAACGCGAGAAGGAAAAACGCCGCGUCAAAAUCUACGACGCCGAAGAAGACGCGCGCGACCUCGUCGAGGCCCUCUCAGGCCGCAACCUUGACACCGAAACCGUCAUCGACAUCAUCCCCGCCCUCUCGCACGACCAGAUCCUCGAGCUCCGCACCGAAUACAAACGCCACUGCAAAAUCCAGGGCCGCGGCAUCAACAUCGCAAAACACAUCAAACUCAAGACGUCGGGCAACUUUGGCAAAAUCGCAUACGUGACGGCGCUGGGGCGCUACGAGAGCGAAGGCUACUGGGCAAACUACUGGUACCAAUCCAACAGCGCGCGCCGCGAGCUCCUCAUCGAAUCCCUCAUGGGGCGCCAGAACCACGAAAUGCGCGAGAUCCUGCGCGCCUUCAGGGAUAAACGCUACAGCGACAGCCUCGUGCGGUGCAUGGAGAAGGAGCUCAAGGGCGACAAGUUCCGCAACGCCGUGCUCGAUGCCCUGAGGGCUGAGCGCCAGGAGGAGAGCGACGUCUGGGACCCCGAGUACCGCAACCGCGAUGUCGAUGUCCUGCACAAAGCGCUGCGGGCGCGCGAAGGCGGCGAGAGCACAGUCCUCAACGUAGUCGUAAUGCGGAGCGACGCGCACCUGCGCGAAGUGCUGCGCACGUACGAACGGAAAUACGGGGGCAACUUCGCCCGCGAUGCGCUGAGAAAGAGCAAUAACCUCGUUGGCGAAGUAAUAGCGCACAUCCUAAACGGCGUCAUCAACCGCCCCGCCCGCGACGCAAUGCUCCUGCACCACGCCCUCAUGGACCUCAUCGAGCCCGUCUCCCCUCCCCACCCUUCCUCCUCUUCUUCUUCCACCAAACUCCCCUCUUCUGCGCCAAUGUCCAAGCACGAGCGCCAGCAGCGCUCCGAACUCCUCAUCAGCCGCCUCGUCCGCCUCCAUUGGGACCGUCUGCAUCUCGGUCGCGUCAAGGCUGAGUACGAGGAGAAACACGGUAAGCUGCUUGAGGAGGACAUCGAGGAGGCGUGUCGCGGUGCGGAUUUUAGGGAGUUUUGUAUUGCUGUUUGUCAGGUUUAGCGGGAUCCUGGGGUUAGGUUAGCGAGCGGGUGUCUAUAAAAGACAGAAUUGGAGAGGAGGCGUGAGAAGAUGAGCGAGGUGGAAUCAAGUCGGAGGAUAUGAAAAUGGAGGACCCUUUUUUUUUGUUGUCUGUUUUUUCCAUCAUCUUUUCUUGUUUUUUGUUUGGUUUGGUUUGACAUUGGUCUUAGGAUAGUUGAUAUAUACCCGCCUCUACUGCCACCACUUCUAUAGCCGCUAAAACUAUAUACCCUUUUUUUUCUUUCUUCUUCUUCUAUAGUUUCUAA